ACUUUCCCUCAGCUCACCCCUCCCCCUCCCGCAGGGCGUACCCCCCGUACCCCCCAUACCGGCAAACAUAAGCCCGACAACGUCCAUCUCCUUCCGUCGACCAGCAUCCCAAUCAUCGUCACUCGUCUCCCCGCGCUCUCCGAGUCCGGCACCGAGUUUCUUGGGAACGGGCAGUGGCCGGAGUAGGGCCAGCGCGAGCGGGAGUGGGAGUGGGGGGUCGCAUGGACAGAGCUCGGCGGGGAGUACGAGGAGUAGGUUGGACGCCGCCCCAGGAGCGGGCGCGGGCGCGGGGCCGGUCAGGGCUCCCGUGGGGAGAGGGAUGGGAAGGGCGAGCCAGACACAGCCUAGUAGGAGGAUGGACGCGCCUGGGGUUGGAGCAGCUCGAGUUGGGGCUGGGGCGGGUGUGGGAGGGGGAGGGGGAGGGGCGAAGAGGACUCCGCCGAGGCAGAGGGGGAAGCUGGCGGGGUUGUUCCCCGGUUUGGGUGCGAACGGGAACGCGGCGACCGCGACUGGGAGUGCUGUUGCUCCUGGGGCUCCUACGGCUGGGAGAGGCGUCUCCCCCGCUCCUACAGCCCAAGCCCAAGCCCAAGUACAGGCAAAAGACAUCCACAGUCAGCAAGGUCCCGUCGCGCGGCUGCUCAAGCGCCCGAGGGGUAUCGAACGACGAGGCAGGAUCUGGGGCACGGGGAGGGAGUUGGAUGGGAUUGAGGAUUUGCCUGUGGGGAAGGAGGAUGCGCCCACGAAUUCGAGCGGUGCAGGUGUAAGUGCAGGUGCUGCUGGUGCGAACGGUGCGCCUGGGCCUAGCUCCUGGGGCACUGUCAGGCGAGGGAUGCGAGAGCCUAGUCCGGGGCCUACAGCCCCUGCGCCUGGUCCUGGUGCUAAGGUCAGAUCGGGGCUGUACGCCCUCCGUCAGGGGCAGAAGGCCUCUCAGCCUAAGCCUCCCCAGCCGCAGGCUCAACCGCCAGCGCCAGCGUCGUCGCAAUCGCAGUCGCAGCCGUUCGCCGCUCUCGGGAACGGGAGUGUCAGAAGUAUAACAAGCGUGGGGAGUGUGGGGAAGGAGCCUACGCCCAGGAGUCGGGCUGCUCCUCGAGUGGGGGAGAAGGAAAAUGUCCGCGAGAGGAAGGGGAGGAAGGGGCCUACGUUGAUUCGUGAUCUCGGGAGUUUAGGUUUGCCCAGAACACAAAACGGGAUGAAGUGGAACCCGACUAAACAGCGCUGGGACGGCCAGGAACACUUGCUUAACGUCUUCGACCCUCCUCCUUCCGCACGUCCGGCGCUCAUCACCCAUCUCACAUCUUCUAUCACUUCGCCCUUAUUCAAGACCCUAGGCCUCACCGGUGCCGGUGCCGUAGGGGCGCGUGUGGUCGGGGAGAUGAUGUUUGAUCCUGUGGAAAUGCGUUGGUUGCGCCGGGAUGGUGCGGAGGAGGAAGACGUGUUUAAGCAUGUUGAGGAGGAGAGCAGUGUUGGCAGUGAGCAUCCUGAUUCGCACGAACACGAACACGAAACCGAUGCUCCUGGGGCUGGGGGGACGAUCCGCGCUCGUCUGGGGUCGAACAUCCCUUCCCCGGGGAAGGGAACCGGCGCCCCCGUAGACCCGGACCUUAUCAACCAGUGCCGGGAGGCGGAGGCCCGGCAUCGGCUUGAGCUUGCGGGGUGGUUGGGGGGGAUGGAGAGUGUGCCUGCUAGUCCGGUGGAAGAUGACGACCAUGCAGGAAAGGGGCAUCGUUGGCUCUGGGAUAUCCGCACGCUUGCUAUGCAGACCUAGGUCCCUGCGUGCGUGGUCAGACCGUGCGGUCCAAAACUUGCACUUUGCACUUCGCAAUCAAGCACAAGCAUACGAUCGAAUUACUCACACAAAUCCCGCCUCCUGCCUCACGCCUCAUGCCCCAUGCCUCGUGGUUCGUGCCUCAAGGUCAACCCCCACAUAUGCAUAUAAAGUAUCAUCCCCCUUGUGCUGCCCUUUGUUUUUACGUGUUGUACAUCCACGGCUCCGCCACGGCCUUCUGUCACGUUUCCAACAAUUGUCACUCAUCAGUGAUCGCUCCUUCCAAACCCCAGGACCCGUCGCUCGCUGAUUGGCAAUGUUUUUCCUUUCCUCCCUCCCUCCCUCCCUCCUUCCUUCCUUACUUGCGUUUCCCUCUCCUUUC